AUGAACCUCCUGUUGGUAUUGUUCUGUCUCACUCUAGUAUUUGUAGACAUCAUCAGCGGCAAGAGGGACGAUAUAAAAUUAUCUGAUGAGGACAGGUUAAUCAAGAGACUCCUGGCCAGGUACAGCCGACGAGGAACCUACAGCCGUCCCUUGAAAAACUUCAAGGACAAAAUCACCAUCAACUACAAUAUGCAGCUGAUUCAGAUCAUGGGCCUGGAUGAGAAGUCGCAGGUGCUCACGCUCAAUGUGUGGGACAGAUAUAGGUGGACGGACAUGUAUAUGACCUGGGACCCAGACAUGUAUGGUGGAGUGGAGACCAUUCGCAUUCCCUCAAGCAAGAUCUGGAUUCCUGAUUUCAAACUGUACAACUAUGCUGAUUUUAGACUUGCUGAAAGGAGAGAUGCUUUGUGUGUGAUCGACCGUAAUGGCUCAGUGUUAUGGAUGCCACAAGCAAUUUACAAAAGUUCCUGUGAAAUUAACGUCAGAACAUUCCCAUUUGACAUACAAACAUGUAAACUAAAGUUUGGCACAUGGACGCAUGCAGGUGACCUGGUCAACCUCAUGAUUCUCAUCAACGAAACAGGCUUUGAAAACGGUUCCAUUGAUAUGGCUGAAUACGUCAACAGCAACUCAUGGGAAAUUCUUUGGACUCCAGCAGUCAGAAAUGAGGUCAACUAUACUUGCUGUCCUGGAGUUCCGUACAUCGACCUCUCCUUCACCAUCAUGAUCCAGAGGAGGUCUGCCUUCUACAGCUAUAUUCUGGUCCUGCCUUGUAUCUUACUCACUUCACUCACGCUGGUCUUGUUUUGGAUACCCCCGGAAUCCCCAGCAAAACUCAUGUUAGGUAUCAAUAUUUUUGUGGCAUUUUUCCUGUUAUUAUUAUUGAUGGAAGGUAACCUCCCGCCAUCAGCUGCCGAAGUGCCUCUCUUAG